UUGUAUGGCAGGUUUUACAUCAGAGGUUUUCCUCAUUCCUGACAAAUGCUGAAAGACGUAUGUCUGUCUCUGCAGCAGUUAUUAGUUUACUUUAUGAUAGCUUUUUUAAGCUCUAAUUUAUCCAUAAUUUGAUAAAUUAGAUACACAUGACCAAAUCCUGUAGCCAAAACAAGUAACCAUGCAGGGUAAAGUUGGUAUUGUUUUUUUUUUCCACUUUAAAGAAAAUAAAGUAAAAACAAAAUCUUCGAACUUGACAAAGUUUAUGAUGCAAAACCAUUCAAAUAUGAUCUGAAAUUAGAGUUAAAGUACCACCAUGAUUAUUCAGUUUACCAUUACUCUAUAAAACUUUUCUCUGAAGUCACAUGUAAAAUUUAACAGAGAGACAAAUCCCAUGAAGACUGAAAGCUCUGCCCACAUGAUGUCACAUGAUGUGUUUUUUCAUACCUAAUUUAACAACCAGUUUAAAUCCUGUGUGUAAAAUUUUACAUGUCAUUUAAAGGACAUACCAAAAGCAGGUGGAGAUAUAAGAGACACAGGGAACACAGCUACACGAUCUCUCAGCUGGAAGUCCACAUAGGAUCUUAAAUAAGACAGACAGAAUGCUUUUCGUGGCAAUUUUUGCUCUUCUUGCUGCUGCUGUUGCAGCUGAUGUUGACCCUCAUUACUCGUUCUCCCCUCCGGUGGGGUCGGGAAGUGGGAGCUCCUACACGAUUACUGGAGAGGGAAGGAUCACUGCUGUGAGAGUUUGGGAAAACUAUAGUAGCUACAUUCGGGGCAUCCAGUUCCGCUAUGGAUAUAUCUGGUCUCCAGUUGUUGGUUAUGCAUACGGUUCCCGAAAUGAAAUUGAAUUGCUUGAUGGAGAAGCCAUUAUCCAGAUUUCUGGGAAGCAUUCUCACUAUUUGUAUUACCUGGUGUUUGUGACUAACCGGGGUCGCUCCCUGUUUGUUGGUCAGCCCUCUGGCAAUUCCUUCAACAUGUACCCCGAAAACCCCCAGGCUGAGCUGGUCUUCAUCAGUGGCCGGAGGAGUCAUGGCAUCACCUCCCUGGGAGCCCAUUGGGCGAUUGUUGAUCCAUCCUUGAGCCCAUCCAAUAGCACUGCAGGACAUUAGGGUGGAGGGCAGCAGACAGAUAUUGUAAUCUAGAAUAUAAUGUACUGCUCUUUUACUAUAAUGGGUUGAAUAUAAGUGUUUGCAACCCAGUAAGAAAUGGAAGAUUUAUCUUGAAAUUCUGCUUAUGCUUAUGCUUCUAAGAAAUUACAGAUGUAAUUAAACUGUUCUGUUGUACACUUGAAAUCAAUAUAUACAAAGAAAUUGAGUCAUGAUAUAAUAAG